AUGGCGACUGAGACGACGCCACUCCUCCAAAGCCAUCGCAGGCCGCAGGAGCAAUACGCUCAACACAAGCGACGUAUCGCCGGUCUAGCGCUGCUUGGCUUCGUCUUGAUGAUUGCUGCCGUGCUGACGACGACGAACAUCGGCACAAAGACGUAUCCGCAGGCAGUUCCCCAGCACCCCACUGCGUGCGGGACCGAUGAGAGCGAGGCUGGCUACAUCACGCUGCCUUACAAUGUAGACGACCACCUUUUCUGCUGGUUCUUUGAGUCUCGCAAGGUCCCAGAUACCGACCCGUUCAUCCUGUGGGUGACCGGCAGCGGAUCUGGCGCCUCCAGCCUCACAGCGUUGCUGACCGAAAACGGUCAUUGUCGGAUAAGCUCAGACGCCACUACAACACUGAGCGCGUACUCGUGGACGUCAGAGGCGAACGUGGUUUGA